AUGGGGGUUCCUGUAGUGGCCUUCUCCUUCUCGCUCAAGGACAACACUGAGCACGAUGAAUAUGAAAUAUCAGAUCAUCUAAGAAAAUAUGGGUGGAUUGUUCCAGCCUAUACAAUGGCUCCAGAUGCUCAGCACAUUACACUUCUGCGUGUUGUGGUGAGAGAGGACUUCAACCGAACGAUGGCAGAGCGCCUGGCUGCAGAUGUUGACAGAGUAUCAAAGGAAUUGGAAGAGUUUCCUCCUAAGAUAAUUCAUGCAGUUCAAGGCUUAGCCAUUAGUGAAGAAGAUAAAAAGGGCUUCGCAGUUUUACUGUUGGUCAGAGAAGAAGAAGAAGCAACAGCAGUUGGGAGCUCGAAAUGGGAGAAUCAAAAGCUUCUUCACAAUAUUGAUGGGGCAUUUGUGUUCGGAUCAGAAUGA